GCUCCACCCCUCGCACUGGCGCACAAGCCGGGCUCGGGCAGCCAGCGGUUCCCAACAUGGCGGACAGCGCUAGCGAGAGUGACACGGACGCGGCGGGCAGCUCGUCCGCGCUGCCGCCCACCUCGUCCUCGGCCGCCUCUUCCUCCAAGGCCGGCAUCGUGAUCUCGGCCUCCAAGCUGGAGGAGCUGAGCAACCGGCUCGCGUCUCUGCAGCAAGAGAACAAGGUGCUGAAGAUCGAGCUGGAGACCUACAAGCUGAAAUGCAAGGCCCUGCAGGAGGAGAACCGCGACCUGCGCAAGGCCAGCGUCACCAUCCAAGCAAGGGCUGAACAGGAGGAAGAAUUUAUCAGUAACACCUUGUUUAAGAAGAUCCAAGCUUUACAAAAAGAAAAAGAAACACUGGCUGUAAAUUAUGAGAAAGAAGAAGAAUUUCUAACAAAUGAACUCUCCCGCAAGCUGAUGCAGUUGCAGCAUGAAAAAGCCGAACUGGAACAGACACUGGAGCAGGAACAGGAGUUUCAAGUAAAUAAACUGAUGAAAAAGAUUAAGAAAUUGGAGAAUGAUACUCUUUCCAAACAAUUUACACUUGAACAGCUGCGUCGUGAGAAAAUUGACCUUGAAAAUACCUUGGAGCAAGAACAAGAAGCUUUAGUAAAUAGACUGUGGAAACGCAUGGACAAACUGGAAGCUGAGAAGCGAAUCUUGCAGGAAAAACUAGACCAGCCUGUUUCAGCCCCGCCUUCACCAAGGGACAUUUCCAUGGAAAUAGACUCACCAGAAAACAUGAUGCGACAUAUCAGAUUUUUGAAGAAUGAGGUAGAGAGGCUAAAAAAGCAACUUCGAGCUGCCCAGUUACAGCAUACAGAGAAAAUGGCGCAGUAUUUAGAAGAAGAACGUCACAUGAGGGAAGAAAAUCUGAGACUCCAACGUAAACUGCAAAGGGAAAUGGAAAGGAGAGAAGCACUCUGCAGACAGCUGUCUGAAAGCGAGUCCAGCUUGGAAAUGGACGAUGAAAGAUACUUCAAUGAGAUGUCUGCUCAAGGACUCAGACCUCGCACUGUAUCCAGCCCUAUCCCCUACACACCAUCUCCAAGUUCCAGCAGGCCUAUAUCUCCUGGUCUGUCUUAUGCAAGCCAUAGUGUUGGUUUUACACCGCCCACUACCUUGACACGUGCUGGAAUGUCCUAUUACACCUCACCUGGUCUUCAUGUACAGCAUAUGGGAACUUCUCAUGGCAUUGCGAGGCCUUCCCCAAGGAGGAGCAACAGCCCCGACAAAUUUAAACGCCCAACACCUCCACCCUCCCCAAACACACAGACAGUGGUUCAGCUGCCACCACCGCCGCCACCACCAUCCCAACCAGCCCAUUCCCAGCCUUCGACGUAUCCUCCUCCUCCUCCUCCUCAGCCAUAGAGUGCACGUGCUGUGAAGCAGCUGAUCUGGAGUGGACUGAUGACAUAAAAAGCAGUUUACUAAAGCCAAAGGCUUAACUGGCAUCUUUUGGAUUUGACUUAUUUGCACUGAGAUUAUAUAGGCUUCACCGCUAACUGUGUUGUAAAUGUUUGUCUGAAGGGCAGCCAGUGUUGUUUGUCCACAACACUAAUUUACUACAUUUUGUCAGUGUUGACUGGAACCUCAUGCAGAAUCCUCGUUUUGUUGCUGAGUAUCUGCCACAUCCAUUUGGUGGUAACACGUGAUUUGAAUGUUCUGUCGGUCAGGGAGCUCCAAAGCUUCUUUCCACAGAUUUGUAAAAAGAAAAGACCUUUCCAAUUAUUACAGAAUUUUGCAGUAAUUACAAGCAUGAUGUGUCUUGUUUUCUAGACUGUGUUUAUGCUUCAAUGUUAAUGCUUUAGUGUCUUGUUGGGUUUUGCCAAGCAUUUACAGAAUUAGCACUACAUUUUGAAACAAAAUAAUGGGGAAAUGUUUUAACUGCAUCAUUCAAAUGCAUCCAGCACUAUCACUGAAUCUAAUGUUUACCAGUGGUAUGAUUUAUGUCCAAAUAAGCAGCAUAUAAGCUUAAUGCAGAUUCAGUAUUGAAUUUCUGUGAUGUGCUGUGACUGCUGUUUUUUUUUAAAAAUAAGAAUUCCAGGGUCUAGUUCUGGCAAAUCUAUACCAUUUGGCAGGGGUGAUUUCUAAAUUUAAUUAUUUUGAUUUAUUAUAGAUCAGGCUUAAGGCAAAAUGAAAUAUAUCCUUUUUGAAUUUCAAUCUAAGAUCAACAUUUCUUGAUGUAAACUGUAACCUGCAUAGGUUUAAUGUCUGUGGGCUUUGUAGAUAGUAAAUCAUUAGACGAACAAGCUGACGUGUUUCGAGCGAACGUUGUCUGCUGUAAAAUACUUGCUUUUGACGACAAGUAAUCAUCAGCUGAAAUAUUGAGUCUUGCAAAUUUAUGUUUAAAAGAACAAAGUUUGUCUUUGCUGCCAACUCAGCUUUUCAGAGGGGUUUGAAGAGAAUUUAGAAAACUGUUUUGAGCAGACAUUUUUUGUGGUGUAAUCUGCUAACCCAGGUGGAAACUUUUUCAGUUUUCAAGGUAUAAUGCUGUCAUAACCAAAUAAUUCUGUACUGCUUGGUAGAUGUGGGACAGGCUGCGGAGAGCACAAGUUCUUGGCUGUAAUGAAAGCUUCAAUAAUACAUGAGCCGGUACACUGUAUAACAGGGAGAAAUCGUAAAUACAGUUUUCCGUUCCUCCAACAAAAAUAAAUUGUUUGGUUUGGCUUUGCAGCAGCAUUAAUAAUGUAAGAGUCCUUUUUUGCUUUUUUAAAAACAAAACCCUUGUGUUGGGAAGAGGAGUGAGAAGGGAAUGAGUGGCCACCAGUGGAUCUUGUAAUCCACCUACUUUGAGGCAUUGUUUAUCGGAAAGUUGAAUCUUUUUUAGUUUAUUCUUUGUACUAGAUGGUUAUGAUUCGCCAAAGGCUUUGCGGACCGAGCCACCCAAACCACAAAGGUACGAAGUUCAAUCUCUGGGCUAUGCUGAGGUACCUGCUCAUAACUAAACUAACAUUUGUAGCUGCGUUUGGUUUAGCAUCCAACUGGGAAAAAUUGGUUUGAUUCCAUGCUGCUAACUAUUCUUUAUUGAGGUGUUGUCAAUGGAAAUUGGAUGGGAUUAAGACUUGAGUUCAUUUGUGAUCUUUUCUCCUGCCUUCCCUCUGUGUCCCAGCACUCCUACUUUAUCACCGUCAUCCUCCAAUGGAAAGUUACCUGAAAACCACACACCAACAAGACCUCUAAGCUUUCAGGAAGUGAGUAGAAUAUUAUUGAAGGAAUAGGUACUCUUUGUCCAAGCAGUCUUAUGCUGCUACUUAACCUGAAAUAUAUGUUCAAAUUUGGCAUGAAUCUGCUGCCCAUGUACAUAGGAGCAAAAACUAGCUAUUUAGUUAUUGGGGCACAUUCUUCCAUUGAAUUGCAUCGUGUAUCUUAAAUCCUUUUACCCAACUUAUUUGUACAUUCUUUGAUUAGAUUUUUGACAGCAUUGUUAUUUAAUUUCUAAAGCUACAAUGACUCUUUGCCAGGGAUUUCCAGGUUUCCAUAAAGCCUUUAUGAAGGAGUGCUUCCUGACAUCUCAGAAAAUUCAAACGUUAACUUUAUGCCCCACUAUUCUGACUCAUCACAGCAGGUACAAUUUAUUUCUUUCAAAAUCCGUGUAUGCCUCCUGUUAGAUCACUCCUUAAUAUUCUGCCACAGGUGAAUAAAAACUUCAUCUAUUCGCUCUUAUAACUUCGCCUCAAUUCAGUACCCAGAAUUGAAGAAAUUACCCAAUGUGCGGUCUAAUAAGUUUUAAGUCUAACUUUCGAUCCUUUGUAGUCAAAUUCACUGUUCCCAUAACUUACCGGGUUUUGCUUCCACUAUUGAGUUUAAAGUAUCAUUAUGUUGAGAUGCCAUAGGAAGAACUUCAAUCAAAUUCUGUAGUUUUUGUCUGUUUCUUUUACAGGCAUUACUUACCAAUGGUGUUCAUAAGCUAUGCUGAACCCAUCAAUAUUUUCUGGAUAAACUAAUAGUGACAAUCUUGGUUUUUACUUUUAAGAAAGAGUGGUGAUUGAAGACCCAAGGAGUCAUCUCUGCAAGUUUUCAAUAUGGAAUGAGUUGGAUUGUUGCUGCUUUGAGUUGCUGAUAUAAAUCCAUUCUGUUCAGAUCAACACUGAAGUCAGGGUGGAAAAUAGGCAUUGGGUAUGCCUACAUUUUAGGCAGCCUAUGCUCCUGACUAUAAAUUGCACACAUUUGUGGGCCAAAAUGGGCUGGGUGCCAUGUUAAUGAAGGGUUUAGAACACAAUCAGUGAACAAUCUAAAGACCGGACAGAUUAUGAUAUCCAUCAUUAUGCAAUGCUAAUUUGACACCGGAGCUACUUGUUGGAACCCAACGUUCUAGCUAACAUCCACAUUAAUCCUUGCAUGGCUGGACGCUCUUACGUCAGUGGGCUGUUAUUUAAGAGGAUCCUCCAAUACUUUGAUUAUCUUUUGACUGUUGCAGUGGUUCUGCAUGCAAAAGUGUACAGGAGGUGAUGUGGUAGGUGCUGAAAGACUUUGUUCUGACUUCUGCACGAACCAUCUUCUCCUGGGAAUGCAUUUAUAGGCUUUCCUCUAGAAAUCUAGUGUGAGUGAAGAAAAAGAGCAGAUGUCAUCCUGAGAAUAACAUCCUGUUGAAAGAGGCAAGAGUAGAUGGCAAAGGGUGGAUGGGUGUGUGGAAGAUGGAUUCUUAACAGCCUGAAGUCCCCUCUGCCCUUAGUAUUCAGGAAGCGAGGAACAAUGCAUUGACUAUGCUUCAAUAAAGUUUUCCUCACUGAAAUCUGUCAAUUCUUCCAGCCAUAAUCACAACCUUGAAACAGGGCAAUGGCUGCAUUUCCAAUGACAGCUAAGAUGACUAGCAAUGAAUUUGUAUGAAACACGCAGUGCUUGAAUUUGUAUGAAACACGCAGUGCUUAAAUUUGGUUGUAGUUUGCCAUGAUUUGCAGUCUGUGACAUUGGGCACUCCAUUGAAUCCACAAGUAUCAGACUGACUUGGGCAUCACUUCCACAUUGGAAGGACUGGGGUUCACUGUAUAGAAGGCCUUCUGUCAUGUUGGUACUGCCUUUUUAACACAGGUUUUUCAAUUUACCAAGUGUUUCAUUGUGCAAACCUGUUGGCUGCCUUUAGGCUAACUCAGUUUUCUGUAGCUACUCAUCACUAGAGCUUGUCGUUUACCACCGGAAGACUGUGUGGUCCUUAUCAGCUGGCUGCAGCACACUUGUAAGCGAUGUCUCGCCAUGUGCAAAUUCCAUCUCUGCCAUCCUUUGUUACUUUGAGUUGGUGGUUAAUUGUGAGAUUGACUGCUGGCAAAUGUGCAUUUUCAGGAUCUUAAUUUUUUUUCUGCUACUCGCUGACUCUUGGGUAUCUAAAAUUUAUUAAGAUGGUAGGGAAGAGUGAAAGUAAUCUGUAUUCAUUUGCACUAGCUUCAGCUUUUAAAUUUGGAAUGUGUGGGUUGAAGGAGAGAUGGGAUGUGUGGACCAUGUGCACCACAAUCUUUGCACUGUGGCCAGGACAUUUGCCAAUACUAUCCCCAUAAUUUCCAGCCUUCUCCUCCAUGGAGUUUAGGUCAUGCAAAUGGGCCUGCAGUCUGUCAGCUGCUGCUGCCUCUGGUUGUAUCCUGACUUCCACUGCAGAAGAAAGCAUGCAAGGGAAUGUUAGAUAAUCUAUUAUGGCGUGACUGGUUAAACAACUGGAACUGUUCGCAAGCUAGAAAAUGCGAGUCGGAAGCUUCCAGCAUUGUUGUGUGACAGUGCACUGGAACAUAUGAGCAUUAGAUAAGAGUCCUGAUUACCAAAGAUUAUUGGUAGAAAUUACAGGCUAUGCUACUUGACUGGUCUCUGCUGAUCACAGUCCAGUGGUAGAAUGUGACAUGAGGCACCAUUCAUGGACAAUGAUCACACAUGAGGACAUUAAACUUGAGAAUUACUUGGACAAUGAAUCCUACUACCAUCUUGGUGUGUUUCUGGAGGGCAUUCUGACCCUGCAGAUCAAGGACAUCCCUCAUGCACCAUCUCUAUUGAGCUCUCUAGUGCCACACCAAAAAAUCUUAUGAAACUUUGUCUCCCAAGUUCUGUAUUCAAACCAUUUCACAUAUCAGUUUUGCCUCUGUUUCAUUCAUUUAGACUUGCUUUAAUCGACAUGACCUUUCAUGAUUUAGGCCCUUUAAUCCUUGAACCAACUGACAACAGUGCAGUUAUCAUCAGCUGGAAGCUGAAAUCAUUGAAAUGAAGAGCCAGAAUGAAGCUAGAGUGCUGUCUGCAUUCUAAUCACUGGCUCACAUUACCUGUGUUCCCUGUAGGCAUUUCUGGAAACUACUGAUUUUGCCUCCAUAGAUCUUUCAGAAAUUGAGAUAACUGUAAGAAAAGCAAAGAUGUGCUCCCAUCUUGUCCCUUCUGCCAAGAAAGUAGGAGUUUCAUUUCUAAUGGUGUCUGCAUUGAUAUGAAAAGAUUAGAACUUUAUCCUAUCAAUGGUGGAGUGCCUAACCAUUUAGCAGUCCACUGUAUAAACCCAAAAUCUUUGACAGUGGUUAAAGAAAAAAAAGUUCUCAUUUAUUUUGCAUCUUCCAUGCACCUUUUUGGUUUUACAGGACUUUGGGACCCCUGACAAGUACUUCGAAGUGCAGUCACUUAUAAAUAUAAAAAAAAAUGUGAUAAUCAGUUUGUCCAGGUCAGUUUCCCAUCUUUUGUGUGAUAAUUUGCUGUCGGCCACAGUUUAAAGUGUCAUACAACAAACAGCACCUUCAAUACACAACUGUUCAUUAGUGCUCCACUGGAAUAUUGGCUUGCAUUUCUUAUGCUUGCGCCUCUGGAGCAAGAUAUAAACCCCAAGAUUUUUUUUUCUGCUGCAAGUACUACCAAAACUGAGCCACUGUUGGUUGGUAUUGGAAGUGAUCAUCGGUUUGGAUAGGCAAGUGUAUUGAGAAAAUAACAUUACUGGCUCAGUAUCUUCAGGCUAUCCAUCAAUAAUUUGUAACAAUUUGAUCUCAUCCUAAUUAAGAUGCUUUCAUAUUCAAGGACACUUGUUUCCUGUGGCCAAGGCAAAUGUUGCAUUUGUAAUGUGUGGGUUUUGCCAUGGUAUUGAGGACCAUAAUGGGCAAAUUAAAACAGAAAAUGCUGGAAACAGCUUUCUUGCACCUGAAAUGUUAACUAUUUCUCUUUGUACUGAUGCUGUCUUGCCUACCUUUUUGUUAAAUUUCUGGUAUCUGCAGUUUUUUUUCAUUGUGUGGAAAUACUUCCAUUUUACUGUGUAAACUGCAGAUCAGUGAUUUUUACCCCCCCCCCACCCCCCCCCCCAUGUCAACUCUACAGUUUUAAAAUCAGACCCAAAAUUGUCCUAUCAACACAACUUCAGGUCAAGAUUUUGAAUGUUGAAUUGCCCCAAAGGAGGGUACUUGUACAAGUACUGUUCUUUCCCAUAUUCUUCCCUACCUCCCAGAAAAAAUCUACAAAAGUUUUAAGCUGUUUCCAUAUGAACCAAAUUUGUUAGGUUUAAGAGUGCUGUUUUAUCGUUGUGGUGCGAGAGAAACUAAAACAUGAGCUGUUGUAAGCUGAGUCAAAACUGAAGGGACAAUUGAGCUGCCCAUGAUCCAUAGAUUUAUUUCAUCUAUUUAUGUAUACACUUAAUAUUUUCCUGCCUGCAAAGGCUCUUGCAUUCUAUCAAGACUACAGUAUGGUGAUCACAUCUAUCUAGUAUCCGAUAUCACCUGCAACCCAAAUUGACCAAAACAGGUGUACACUGAUGCCAGUUGUGAUUUGACCAUUGGUGUCAAGUAUAAAGUGUGCAAAACUACUGGAAAAAUUUAAACUGUAGGUCAAGUAUUAAUCGGAUGGGAAUCAGGCAGAGUGUUGGGUAUAAUCAACUAUUAAUCUCUUCUUUCAUCCCCAAAAGACUUGCAUAUUCCAGCCUUAAUUUUGGCUACAAAAGUGACUGCUACUGUUAGUUCCAAUUUCAUAUUUGAAGAAUGAAGAUUUGAGUUCAAUUUAGUGUGCGAGGUUAUGUGGCUGUUGAACAUCUUGCCCAUCCUUCAAAAACGUGAAGAAACAUUGUUAAACCUAAGUCUGCGGAGGAGAGAGGGGUGGGACUGUCCAAUAAUAACAAAACAAGCUGGUGCAGUAUUUGACAAGAAUUUUUUGAUGCAAUUAUUGGGCAAUCUAGUUAUAUAAAAGUGAUAACCAAAGGCUUUUUUUUGCAUUGUUCUUUAUACUAUUUGGACUGAUAAUUGUGAAAGUUAGAUUUUGAUUAUCCUGAUAUCAAAGUUGUAUUAAUGCUUUCAAGAUUUUCUUUUGAGAUUGAUGAUCCAUUUCAUUUUGGGCUGGCUAAGGUGAUGGAAGUGGAAGAUAAAAUAUCAUGGAUUAGUCAGUCAAAAUUUGGAGUCUUGACUUUGUUCAUAAUCCCAAACCAUAAGAAUUGAAGUAGCCUGAGUAAUUUUUGAGGUAGGUGGAUAAUUUUUACCUUAGAGUAUGCCGUUGAGACUUUGUCACAGAAAAUGAAAAACAAAAUUGGUUGGAAUUUUGAGUGAUUAUGCUUUAAGUGCUAGUAUUUAAAUAAUGCCCCCACUAAAAUGGUAUUCCUUUGAGUGAUCUAGUUGCCCUUAUUUCUUGAUCUUUCUAACUAACUUUUCAGUUUUACAAAACUGAUUAAAUGGUAUGCAUGAGUUCCUAAAUGGGCCUCAAUUUCUUAAAAAAAUGAAGGUUUGGGUAAAGUUCAGCAAUGUGAACGUGUUUCAUAAAUUAGAGCAUCGUCUCUUUCAAGAUGAGAAACGAUGCGUUUUACUUGCUGGUAAUUAGUGAAGAAAAUAAGACGUGCUUUUAAGCUUGUGUUUACUGUUCAAUAAAAGAACUUGCAUUUGUAUAGCUUAUCUUGUAUUCAGAGGGUCUCCCAAAAGGCUUCACAAGCAAUUGAACUACAUCACUGCUGUCAUGCAAAUAUGCAGCAUACCUACAUGACCUUAUUUCAAAGUAAAACAAUUGACUUUUGAAAUCUGCUUUAAUUGAAGUAUGCCUUUACCUAGCUCAGCAGUGUUAGAAUCUGUUAGUUAAAAAUGUAAGUUGUCCUACUCAUUAUGCACUUAGAAAUGCGGACUGACCAAAGAUCUAAUUAUCUUAAGUUUUGUUUUGCACCUAUGUGAACUAUUUGUUUUACUUGUCAAUUGUAAUUUAAAUCAGCAUCUUUCACUUUAGACCUUUACACUAAACCAAGAAGAUCUCAAUUAGUCUAUUACUUGAGCACUCUGCUUGCUUCAAACAUCUCAGAUGAAGAGGGGUGAAAGUCUUGCAGCUCAUUUUAGUUCUUUGAAAUGCAGACGCCCUUAUUUGACCUGGUUUUUAGUAAACAACCAAAAUUGGUUCUGCAACUUGAAACUGCCCAAAACCCAAUCAAUUCAUGUACAUGUUGCUAAAUAAAGCUGACAGUUCUUGUUUAACUGUUUUGCUUAACUUAGAUCUUUUCACUUUGCAUUUAAUUAUACAACUACCCCCAUCUUGAAAGAUGGUUAUAAUUGGCCAAAUAACAAAUUAGAAUUAAAGCAGUUUAACUAUUUAAAUUGCAUUGUGUUUAGUUACCUUAAAUUCACAUUCAAGCAUGCUUAUGCCCUUUUAAUUAACAAUAGCUACAAUACUAGAUUAGCUUAAAGUGAAAUAUUAAACUUACUGCCAUGCAGACUCUUCCCCCACCCCAAUGUUUUGUGUGCUUUUUGCACUUGGAUAGGUAUGAACAUAUAGCAACCGACCGAUACCACUGUGUAUAUCAUGUCCAUUAGAUGAAUACAAGAUGCGGCAAAUUUCUGAUAGCAUUUCUAAUUUGAUUUUAAAUGUAUUCAUCCAAGUUUACUAUCUAAACAAACAGCAAAUUCCGGCAAUUAUAUGCAUGUUGGAGUGUUUAAAUGGCAAAAAGCAUUUUGUAAGCUUUGUGCAUAAAUAUUGGUCAUUCUGAAUAAACAUGUUCAUGGUCUGAAUAUUUUUCAAAAUUGUCUUCAAAAUUUCACUAAGAUUUUAAACAAUAGAGCAAAAUAAACAGUUUUUCCUACAUAAUUCCAUGUAAGAUAUGAUUUGGGUUGAUUAUACCUAUAAAUGAAUAUUACAAAUGUACUUUUAAGUAGUCAGCCUUAAAUUAGUUUUUAAAUGUAGGAAUACAUUCAUCUGCAUUUUGAUUAAACCCUGGAUGACUUUGGCGCAUGUAUGUACAUUUCUAAAGUACAACAGGAAAUGUGCUCAAUUCCAUCUGGUUUCCUCCUUUAUAAUUGAUCUAAAAUUUGCUAAUUAUGUUGAGUUAGUUUUUUUAACCACGACUUUUAAAUAACAUCAAUUGAACUGCAGUAUUUUAGGAUUUAUGUUUUAAAUUAACAAAUCCCUUGUGUAGCUGACACAUUAAGAAAACCCAUGUAUGAAAUGAGUGGUUUUUGUAA